AUGCUGCUAGCAUUAAAGGCGCCACUGCCACAGUGUGACAUUUCAAUUUGGAAUUAUCAUAUAGCUUCGGUCAGCUGCUUCGAGCCUAAACCCGAGAUUGGUGUUCCCUCAGGACUCGUGCCCCACUGUCCCGGCGCAGGAAAGAAUGCAACAAUAGCAGAUUCAUCAAUGCCACUUUUGCAAGUGAUUAUACAGCGUUUAACUGAUACAGGCGUUUACAGACGUAGUAUACCAAUAAAAUCAGCAUAUAAAGCUAUAUUAAGCGAUAAGAAAUUUGAUCUCAGCAAGAAGACGGUUUUUUAUGCUGUGGGCUUUUGGGACAGCUCAGUAUUUCCCCACAGCCGAGCCAUGGCUAAUGGUUAUGCUAAGAGAGGCUACAAUGUACUAAUGUCGGAAACAUUUCACUUCCUCACAUAUAUUUAUCCCAAGUCCGUCCGUCUUAGCCGCGUUAUCGGACAACAAUUUGGCAUGUUAUUUGUCAAACUAACCCAGGCAGGCCUUCGUCCUGAGAACUUGGAACUAGUCGGCACCAGCCUCGGCGCCCACAUUGUAAGUCACGCUGCAAAGUACUACCAAUCUGUGAUCGGGAAGAAGCCUUUCAGACUCACUGGCUUGGAUCCUGCUGGGCCAUGCUUCAGGGGUUUACCGGCUGACGAAAAAGUCGCUCCAACGGAUGCAGAACAUGUUGACGUGAUUCAUACAAACAUAGAUGGAUUUGGUAUAGCAGAACGUCUAGGGCACGUGGAUUUCUACGCAAACGGAGGAGAGUAUCAACCGGGAGACAUUCCAUAUAUACCAUGUCUGGUUAUAUGUAGUCACAUACGAUCUUUGCUUUACUGGUGGAUAGCGUUGGACAAUCCAAAGAAAUUUAUAGCCAUGAAGUGUGACUCCAUUCAAGAUGCUAGAUCUGCGAAAUGCUACAAUAACACAGAAUUGAAUUAUGCCGGUCUGGAAACAGACUUUGGUAAGCCUGGUAUUUAUUAUUUACCAACCCAUAAUGAGUUCCCGUACUACAUGGGCAAGAAAGGUCUUAAGGAGGAAAACGAGAUAUAUACAACAGUUAGUAGGAAUAUUAAUGCAGAUGAUGAUUUUAUGGCGUAAGAACGGGUAGAUAUGUAAUAAUUUGUGCAAUAUAACUUCAUUACUCUUACUGGUUGCUGGACAACCGUUAAACAGAAGAGUCUGGUCACCCACAAUACAAUAGCUCAAUGACGUAAAAAUGCAACAAUAUAAUUAGGUCAAUUUAAUAUGGCAAACACGGUAUCUUUAAUUAGCGUUGAAAAAUAUUGUGUGUAAUAAAUAAAAUCUCUUCCGCUUAAGAAAAAGCUAAUCCGUUGUCAGCAGGGUUGUCAAAUAUGAUGAUUUAAAGCAUUAAAACAUCAUAUUUCCUGUUACACGACUAAAACCGAUACACUAUUUGACAGAAGAGACGUGUAAAUACUGGUUUAAACGUGGUGGUAUUAUGUUAUGUGCUGAUACUCAGUCGUUCAUUAUGAGUUGAAUUGCUUGUCUUAAGGUCGUUUGUCAGGUUGUUUAAAUCACAAUAGAUCUAAUUGGAAUGUGAUUAAGCUUUUUGUAUCUUUAAUUAACUGAUUGGUAUCAUUUGUUUAAUAUAUUCAUACAUAUUUUUACAAAUAAUUUAAUAGACAAAUCUAAGUACGUGGACAUAAAGUAAAACGUUAAUAUGGCUUUAUUAAGAAAAAGCUGUGGUUUGCAUGUUUAAUGAUUGUUUAAUGUCGGAAAUAAAUAAAUCAUUAUAAUUAGACUUCAAUCAACAUUAAUUCACGUUAUUUAUUUGCAUUUACCAAUAGAAUCUCAAUAUACGUAUCGAUUUUUGUUGACAGCAUGAAACACAUUAUAAAAAGUGGUUUUUGAAUUAACGGAUAUAUCGGCUGGCAAAAAUAGAUGCAAUCUGGCAUCCUGGGGCUUAGCCAAACAUAGUUUUUGCUAUUCAUGACCUAUUAUACCCAUUAUAAUUCGAUUGGCGGUAGCAAUCGAAUUAUAAUAUGGUCAUAAAGUACUGCUGGCUAAAGUUCUUUGUUUCGUUUCAUCGUUUACGGUACUAUAAUUGCCACGGGCGAAACAGAACGCAGGGGUUGAUCGCUGACGAUGAGACAAUAUUCUCUUAUAAAUGUCUAAUGUACACUGGUCGAGUGGACCGGGAAAUAUGGAUACCCAUACCUCUGUAGCUAGACAACAAAAUGGAUGGCUUGCGGGUAGACCUAGUCUUGUGGACUAAACAAAGUACAUCGUAAAUAAAUAAUAAACAAAAAUGUUAACAUAUUUAGUAGAAAACUGUGAUUUAGUUUAUAGAUAGUUUUAAAUAAAUUAAAUGUC